CUCCGCCCCCGGCCUGCGCGGCGCCCGCCGCUCCUCCGCCGCUUCCCCGCUCCGCUCGGGGCCCGCGGCCCUUCCCGGCGGCCCGGCCUGCGGCGGGGGCGGGGACGCCCCGGGCAUCCCGCAGGAAACCCUCCUCACAUGAGUGUUGGUGAAAAUGGGGGAUACAAGGGAUAUCUGUCCUCACCUGGAUUCCAUAGGAGAGGUGACCAGGGAUGAUCUGCUGCUCAAAUCCAAGGGAACUUGCCAGUCUUGUGGAGCUGCGGGACCAAACCUCUGGGCUUGUCUUCAGAUUGGUUGUCCUUAUGUUGGUUGUGGGGAGUCCUUUGCUGACCACAGCACACUUCAUGCACAGGCCAAGAAGCACAACCUGACGGUGAACCUGACCACGUUCCGUGUGUGGUGCUAUGCCUGUGAGAAGGAGGUGUUCCUGGAGCAGCGCCUGGCAGCCCAGCCACCCUCACCCCCCAGCAAGUUCCCUGAGCCGGAUUCUCCUUUGCCUGCUCACCCUCUGAAAGCUGUUCCCAUUGCAGUGGCUGAUGAAGGUGAAUCUGAAUCAGAGGAUGAUGACUUGAAACCAAGAGGCCUUACUGGAAUGAAAAAUCUUGGGAACUCCUGCUACAUGAAUGCAGCACUUCAGGCUCUCUCAAACUGCCCACCUCUCACACAGUUUUUCCUGGAAUGUGGUGGACUGGUCCGGACGGAUAAGAAACCUGCCCUGUGCAAAAGCUACCAGAAGUUGGUGUCUGAGGUUUGGCACAAGAAACGCCCAAGUUAUGUUGUUCCAAGCAGUCUAUCCCAUGGAAUCAAGCUCGUGAAUCCCAUGUUCCGAGGCUAUGCACAGCAGGACACCCAGGAGUUCCUGAGAUGCCUGAUGGAUCAGCUCCACGAAGAACUGAAGGAACCUGUUGUUGCAGAGACGAGGGACUUGGACACCAGUGACCAGGAGGACAAGCGGGAGGGCGACCGAAGCCCUUCAGAGGAUGAGUUCCUCUCCUGUGACUCCAGCAGUGACAGGGGUGAAGGAGAGGGCCAGAGUCGGACCUCGGGGAGCAUGGGCAGCAGCUCCCUGGCAGAGACAGAGCUGCUGAUCCAGGAUGAAGCAGGGAGAGGGAUCUCAGAAAAAGAGAGGAUGAAGGACAGAAAGUUUUCCUGUGGCCAUCGGCGCAGCAACUCAGAGCAGGUGGAUGAGGAUGCAGAUGUUGAUACUACGAUGAUGCCAGUCGAUGGCAGAGCCUCACCUGAGAUGCUGCCAGCUCCCUGUCCUGCCAGCCCAUGUAGGACACCAGAACCUGACAACGAUGCCUAUGUGCGCUGCUCCUCACGCCCUUGCAGCCCAGUCCAUCAUGAAAUGCACUCCAAGCUCUCCAGCAGUCCUCCCCGCUCCAGUCCUGCCAGGCUUGGACCUUCCUACAUACUCAAGAAAGCCCAGAUGCAAGCUUCUGGGAAAAAGAAGAAAGAGCUCCGUUACCGCAGUGUGAUUUCCGACAUCUUCGACGGCUCCAUCCUCAGCCUGGUGCAGUGCCUCACCUGCGACAGAGUUUCUACAACAGUGGAGACGUUCCAGGACCUGUCACUCCCAAUCCCAGGGAAAGAAGACUUGGCCAAGCUGCACUCUGCCAUCUACCAAAAUGUGCCAGCCAAGACAGGGGCAUGUGGGGACACCUAUGCCUCACAAGGCUGGAUUGCUUUCAUCAUGGAGUAUAUCCGGAGAUUUGUGGUGUCCUGUAUCCCUAGCUGGUUUUGGGGUCCCGUGGUGACACUGGAGGAUUGCCUUGCUGCCUUUUUUGCAGCAGAUGAGUUGAAGGGGGACAACAUGUACAGCUGUGAACGGUGUAAGAAGCUGAGGAAUGGAGUAAAGUACUGCAAAGUCCUCCGGCUCCCAGAGAUCCUUUGCAUCCACUUGAAACGGUUCCGGCACGAGGUGAUGUAUUCCUUCAAGAUCAACAGCCACGUCUCCUUCCCCUUGGAAGGGCUGGAUCUGCGACCCUUCCUGGCCAAGGAGUGCGUGUCCCAGAUCACCACCUACGACCUCCUGUCCGUCAUCUGUCACCACGGCACGGCUGGCAGUGGCCACUACAUUGCCUACUGCCAGAACGUGAUCAAUGGCCAGUGGUACGAGUUCGAUGACCAGUACGUCACCGAGGUUCACGAGACUGUGGUGCAGAAUGCAGAAGCCUAUGUGCUGUUCUACAGGAAAAGCAGUGAGGAGGCUGUUCGAGAGCGUCAGAAGGUCGUGUCCCUGGCCAGCAUGAAGGAGCACAGUUUGCUCCAGUUCUACAUCUCUCGAGAGUGGCUCAAUAAAUUCAACACCUUUGCUGAGCCUGGGCCCAUCACCAACCACACCUUUCUGUGCUCCCAUGGAGGGAUUCCUCCUAAUAAGUACCAUUACAUUGAUGACCUGGUUGUGAUUCUGCCCCAAAACGUGUGGGAAUAUCUCUACAACAGGUUUGGGGGUGGCCCUGCUGUGAACCAUCUGUACGUGUGCUCCAUUUGCCAAGUGGAGAUCGAAGCCCUGGCCAAGCGCAGGAGGAUCGAAAUCGACACCUUCAUCAAGCUGAACAAGGCUUUCCAGGCAGAGGAGUCUCCAAGUGUCAUCUACUGUAUCAGCAUGCAGUGGUUCCGGGAGUGGGAGGCCUUUGUCAAGGGCAAGGAUAAUGAGCCCCCUGGACCAAUUGACAACACCAAGAUUGCCCUCACGAAACCAGGUGGCCACGUGCAAGUCAAGCAGGGUGCUGACUACGGGCAGAUCUCCGAGGAGACCUGGGUUUAUUUAAGCACCCUGUAUGGAGGGGGCCCCGAGAUUGCCAUCAGACAGAACGUGGCCCAGGUGCAGGAACUGGAGAACCUCCACGGGGAGCAGAAGAUUGAAGCAGAGACACGUGCAGUGUGAUCUGUGCAGAUGGGGCAGGGCAGGGACGGCACAGCUGGAAGCAAAACCCAAAUCCACCCCACAGUCAGGAAGAAUAAUGAGGAGUAAGAGAGCAGCUCUGGGGAUUUAUAAUCUGAAUUUCUCUGUGGCUGAAGCAGCAGCCACAAGCAAAUUCAGAUUCCCACUCUCCACUGGACACAUCUGUGGGAAGCAGCAGCUCCUGGAGAGCGCUGGCUGCACCUCAAGAGCCCCAGCAAAGAGGCAUCAACUUUUCUGUUGGGGAAAAAAAGCAAUUAAUCCAUUUUUCUUUCUGUCUGGCUGAUUAAAAAGGUCCAGUGAAACUGUAUUUCUGGAAUUAAAUGUUUAUUUAAAUAUGCAGAUGACUUUGUUUCAUUGCUACAAGGUCAAUAUUCGCUUUCAAAUGGAAGCACUUUAUUUGAUUGAAUUCUGUCUCCAGAAAUGAAUGGGCAACACCAGAACCUUUUACAUUGGCAAUGAAAUCACAACACUGAGAUGCCACCGAGAUCUCGAGAUCAGUGCUCAAACACACAUACACACACAUAUACAAAUAAAAAAGUGCUCGACAUCAUCAUGUUAAAAUAGAAUUUGGCUUCUUUUAGGUCUUCUGACAUUUCAGGCAGGAAAACAAAAAACCAAAGAACAAUAUGCAUCAAACUAAAUGAGCUUCUGAAAAAUACUCAGCAUUAAACACAAAUUUGAAUAUCAGUAAAUAUGUUUCUUCUCUAUUUACAGGUGUUAAGAAAGGGCAUUAGAGACUUUUGCUGGGGAUCAUGAAAUUUCAUAGGAUGUACAGUCCACGCUGCUGGGCAAGAUUAGUAAAUCCAAGCAGAGUUUUUAUAAACCAGUCACAUAUUUCGUUCUUCAGCAUUUGCCAAAGGUAAAUUCUACAAAAAUUAUUCAUUACCCUGAAUAAUGGCAGCAGAAUAAACGUGUGCAGACUAUGA